UCUUCGCUGCACUUCGUGCCGCUACUUUCCUUUGUAACUAAUAUCUUUUUUUUCCUUUAAUAUAAAUGUUCCAUUCGAUGAAAAGCAGUAGUUUACUUGAUGAUCGGACGCCGGCUCGAUAACAGGUGUGCCUAUUUGUUGUGUGAAGUGGCGAUGAACUGUUUCUGACGAAGUGAGGAUUUUGUGCGUGCUUCACGGUCGAUGGUAACAGAUUUUUUUUUAAAUGAGACGUGUUUGCGAAAAUAGUGGUACAUACGAAAAAAAGUCAAGUGUCAAUGUAAUAGGAAAAUGAAAUUUGGAUUUAGUGCUGUUGGCGCUAUUUCUAUCCGUUCUAGUGAUAUGCGGUUCCUUUUGAUAGUAACUUUCGUUGCCCUCGGUGUGUUACGGAUCCAAGCCGAUCCCGAUCCUGAACCAAGUCCUGCUAGAGUUCUGGGAAAAUACUUGGUCGCUUACCGUCCGUCCGAUGGCGAGUACCAUUUAUCGAAACAACCAAUGGAUUUAACAAACAUCCCAAACAGUGAAUAUUUGGAUGCGGACGCUGCGGCUAGCCACAGCUCUGGAUAUGCAAUUUCUGGAUCGGGCUCGCCCGGUUACAUGACGAGUUAUACCACUUCAACUAAACAUGGUGGUUCCGUAAGCUACGCUGAUGACGACAGCGACGAAAAACCGACCUUCGUAUCCAGCAGUUCAUCGUACUACAAGCGAAAACCGAUUAUCCCGAUUCUGCAGCAGUACAGUGUUAUCCAUUCUACGAAUACGAACAAUGGUCCUAGUAACAGUGGCCACGGCAGUGAUGAUGAGGAUGAAGACUACUACGAAAAUAGCUAUAAGUCGCAGAAGGUGAUUCAUACCAAAGCAAAAACUGUCCCCAUAAGUCAGCACAUUGAGGUGGAAAGUCCGUAUCCAGUUCCGUACAUUAAAAAGAUACACGUUCCCGUUCCGAAAGGUGUUAAGAUCCAGAUUCCGCACCCGGUUUUGGUUCCCGUUCCGCAACCGUAUCCGGUGCAUGUUCCCGUAUCGCAACCUGUGGCGAUACCCGUGAUCAGAGAGAUUACCAUCCCAAUUGAGAAGAUCGUCCCAUACCCGGUGGAAAAGAAGGUACCAGUUCCCAUCGAAAAACCCGUCCCCUACCCGGUGGAGAAGCACAUCCCGGUACACAUUCCGCAACCCUAUCCAGUUAAGGUCCCGGUCGUCAAGACCAUCGUUCACAAGUUAAAACCACCUCGCACCAUCGGCGUCGGCAGUGUUACCUUCUAGAUGUGGAUCAACCGAAUUUGCAUAGAACAUUGAAACUAAUGUGUACAAUUGCUUUAUUGUAAAUUAUUUCAUUUAACAUUAAUUUUAUCGUUUUUAGUGUUUUCCAUUGGACCGUAACCUCCAGUACAGGGAGAAAAUCAAAUACAGAAAAAAUCGAAAUUAUGUAUCAAACGAACAGCAGAACUAAGCACGACAAAUCCAGAAAAAAACCAAAACUUGCUAGACAGAUUUAUUUGCAUGUAAAUUUACCUCUGCCUGGAUCUGAUUCCGCCGGCUAAAUCCUACUAGGUAUACACAGCAACAGUUAAAAGUUUAGGCCUACAACGCUUUGGCACAAAACCGCCAAGCUCGGUUGGGUGUUAUUAAUUUAUUGCUUCGCAAUUACACACUUUGUUUGGUAGCAUGAAAUCCGGCACCAGGGGGAAAACGAACGCAAAAGUGCACGUGACGCCGGUUACACCACAGGUAUGUACAGGGUAUGUGUAUCGCGCGGUACCUUCUCGAAAACCGAGUGAAUGCGAGCGAGACAGGCUUCCUUCCUUGUGCUAAAAGCCGAAAGCGAACGCGAAGAUAUGCGAGAAAAAAAAAAUACGAACAACUUUUUUUCCUCUACGUUAGCAGUUUUGACGGAUAUUUAUUUGAGUUUUUUUGCUCUCGCAUCAGCGUAAACACAACCCUGCACUGUACACCAUCCUGUUACAGAUGUUUUGCUGGUUAGUUAACAAUUGUGUUACUGUUACAGGCUAGUUAUGUUCGACUAGUAGAAGAGAUAGUUGUUGUUAGGUUGGUAGAAAAUGUUUACCUAUGUGUUGAAUAAAGAUAUUGUUACCAAUUGA